AUGCAUGACUUGGCAAACGGGCUUUGGGACACAGAAGUCAGCGUUGUGAUCAGCUGGAUGCAGCCGGGGACAGACGGUGGCCGUUUCACGAAUUUUGGGGAUGUCUUCUGGGACAUGACUGUGGUCGCCAUUCAAGGGCUUGAUGGCGGCAACAUGUGGAAUUCAUCAUCGGGUCAUUGA